CCAAUAACUCGGGACAUUCCAGUAAUCUUCACAUCUCUACGCAGAGGAAGGGCAGCUCUUCUGACCAAACACGUGGUCACUCAUUUUUAAUCUCUCAGUGGGUGAAGUGUAACGCAGAUCUCCUAAGAGAGAAGGACACCUCGUUUCUAAAGCUUAGGAGCAGAGUUUAACGCUGUUUUACAAUGAAGAAGGGGUCGUUUUCUCUCACCUCAUCUAUUUGGCGACUAUAUGGAUUUUGUUUUCUGUACUUCUCACUAGUUACAGGUACACAAGCUAAAUGUCCUGUUCAGCUCAGCCAGAAGAGUGUUGUUGUGGAGUACGGCGGUUCUGUUGCAGUUAACUGUACCGCUUCUGUCCCGCAUGAUGGGAUGGGAUGGGAAGCCAGUGAGGGAGGAGUGGACAAGACCAGAGACAGUGUGGUCACAUGGACAGUGUCAGAUCUGAGAGAAUGGGACAUAAAGCCAUUCUGCUACAUAAACUAUAACAAAACCCAUGAUACACAGUGUGAAGAAGAGCUCCCAGUAACUGUUUACAAGACUCCAGACAGUGUGUCCAUCAGCAUUGUGAAUCACACUGGACCAAUGAUAGAGGGAGAGCAGUAUGAGCUCCAGUGUGAUGUUCAAGAUGUGGCUCCUGUUCAGAAUCUCACUGUCAAAUGGUACAAAGGACAAACUCUGCUGAGUCAAACCACUUUCACUGAUACCAGCAGGAAACCAGUGAAUGAAGUCGCCAAACUCCUGAUCACUGCAAACAGAGCUGAUGAUGGAGCUCAAUUCUGGUGUGAAGCAGAGCUGGAUCUGGGAGCAGAAGGACCUCAACCUCCUCCAAAAAAAACAUCAGAACCUCUCAACAUUACUGUACACUUUAAACCGAUCAUCAAUGAGACCAAACUGCCCUCCACAGUGACUGUAUUUCGAGGCUAUUCAGUGGUGCUUGUUUGUGAAGCUGAAGGAAACCCAAAACCAAAAAUCAGCUGGAGCCUCAGUGAAAAUGUAGAUGGUGACAAACUUACUGUAUCAGAGUCAACACCUGAGAAUGUGCACUGCAAUGCAAGCAAUUCUGUUGACACGACCACCAGACAAGUAAAAGUGUACAAACCAGAUAUUUCCAUCAGCUUUGUGAAUCACACAGGACCAGUGAUAGCGGACGAGAAUUAUGAGCUCCAGUGUCUCAUUAAGAAUGGGGCUCCUACUAAAAGUAUUACAGUGAGAUGGUACAAACAGAAUAAAACCAUCUUCACUGACACCAUCAAGACUCCAGUCAAAAACAUACGUAAACUCAAGAUCCAGCCAAACAGAUCUGAUGAUGGAGCUCAAUACUGGUGUGAAGCAGAGCUGGAAGCAGAAGGACCUCAGCGUUAUCAAACAAUGUCAUCAGAACAUCUCAACAUUA